CUAAACUCUAUAUAACACAGGAAAGAGAGCGUCAAUGUACCCAGUAAGUUCUAGGGUUUAUCCGGUGUCGACUUGUCUUCCGUUAACUUUCUUCGUCAGGUUCAAUAAUGCCUCGAUAUGAUGAUCGGUAUGGGGAUCGCUAUGGAAGGGAAACCACCCGCCUCUAUGUUGGUCAUCUAUCAUCGAGAACACGCUCACGCGAUUUGGAUGACCUCUUUGGCAGAUACGGAAGAGUACGGGAUGUGGAUAUGAAGCAUGAUUUUGCCUUUGUUGAGUUUAGUGAUCCCAGGGAUGCUGAUGAUGCACGAUACAGUCUGAAUGGUCGAGAAUUUGAUGGAAGUCAUAUUGUAGUGGAGUUUGCUAAAGGGACACCACGUGGUUCAGGAGGUGCUAGAGAGUAUCUGGGAAGAGGUCCCCCCCCCGGAUCUGGUCGCUGCUUUAAUUGUGGCCUUGAUGGCCACUGGGCACGAGAUUGCAAAGCCGGAGACUGGAAGAAUAAGUGCUAUCGCUGUGGAGAAAGAGGCCAUAUAGAGCGAAACUGCCAGAAUAGUCCCAAGAACCUCAAACGUGGGCGUAGUUAUUCACCUUCUCCCUGCCGUGGCAGAAGUCGUAGUGGAAGCUACAGCCGUGGCCGUAGUUACAGCCGGUCCAUAUCUCCACUUAGGAGAGAGCGGAGCAUUGAGCGAGUGGAUAGGAGGAGAUCAAGAAGCCCAAGGUACAGCAGGAGCCCCAAGCCAGCGAGGAAGGCAUCUCCACCUCCAUUUAGGGGGAGGAAGCGCAGCCCAACUCCUGAUGAGCUGAGCCCACUGAGAGACAGUCUCUCCCCAAGAGAGCAGAGGAAGACGGCCACUGGGCGUAACGGGUCAGAUUACAACAGUGAGAGUCCUCCCAGGGCUAGGGGAAGAAGCCCGAGUCCCGGGGAGAACAGCCCUGUAGCUAGCAGGAGCAGGAGCGGGAGCAGAAGCCCGAUCCGCAGAGAUGACAGGAGUCCAAUGGAGGAAGAAAAGGACAUGCGGGGCAAUCAUAGAGGCAGAGGUGGCAUUGAAUCCCCAAGUGCUUGACACUAAAUGUUUUGAACAUCUAUUGUCACUUGUCACAAACACUUCUGUUACGAAUAAUGUUGUUGUGGUUUUUUAGUCACCGUCUGGUUUUCCUUUUUAUCUUUUUAUUUGGAAUUCUAUAUGAUAUGAAUACUUCAAGCUGCUACAUUUGAAUUAUCAUGGUGUGAGGUGUCUUUAAAA